AUGCUACCCAAACCUCCAUCCCCCACCUCCACCUCGGAUCGCCCCGGAUCGCCCUCCCGAACGUCGCAUGACCCUUCCUUCACCCAGAGCGCUCGCCUCCCUAGCCACGGCCUGACUUUCUACAGUCCCUAUGGCCGCGCCUACGAGUCGACACGCCCACCCGGGUACUCGCCGAUAAGCGGCACUCCUCCUGGAGCACUGCCCAGUCUCAUCGAAGGCCAACCGGCUGCAGACCGUCAUUUCGGCGACUGGUCUCUCGGUGGGGACAGCUCCGCGUUCUCGGCCUCUCCCAUGACCCCUCCGUCCUGCCAAUGCGGUCCUCUCUGCACAUGCCCCGGCUGUCUCGAGCACAACGGGUCCAACGCCGACCCCUCCGCCACAUGCACCAAUCCCGCCACCUGCCUCGCAUGCUUCGAAUGUAAUAUCAACUCUCUUGCCUCCCUUGCCACGCACACUGCACGAACUGUCUACGACUCCGCAUCGAUGCUGAACAUCGACGACUGGCUUCGUCAAGUUUCCUCCCUUCCCGACAUCCCGACCGGCGCGCUCCCUCCCCCUUCAUCCAUGCUUCCUUCCCCUACCAACGUCAGCCACCCCGAGUUUCAAUUCGACACGAACAUGAUGGAUGACUUCGGCAUGUGGGGCAACCUGGACAACGUCCCCUCUGUCCCUUCGCAGGCGCCGCGCAGCGACGCGUGCCGCGGCCGUUGCGAUUGCCAGCCUGGCCUUUGCAGCUGCCCCGCUGAGUGCUGCGGCUGCUGCCAGGGAUGCGAAUGUACCAACUGCCUCUACCGUGGUGGCGCCGUCCACUCUUUCCGUUCGCACGGCGGCGGCGACUGCUGCGGUGGGCGCCCUGGCACUGCGCCAUCCCCGUCGGGACCAGUCGCGGUUCCGACUACGGUCGUGCACGCUAUCGGCGAUUCAGGCCGCGCGUCGUCCUCGUCUUCGCGCUCCUCUCACCUGUCGCGCCCACCGUCCGCACUCGACCCCGCCUCGGACGGUGCGGCCGGGGCCACGGGCUCGGCGGGCGUGCAUGCGUGCUGCGUGUCGCUCGGAAACCUCCGCACGGAUGUCGCGCACUCCCGCUCGCACUCGUCGCCGUCGUCGAUGGCGGCUUCUCCCUCACCGAGUUCACUCGGCGCGGACCACAACCAGUUCCGGAAUGGAAGCAGCGGCUAG